GCACAGUGGGUUUGGCUACAUAGUCUCAUUCAGUAGUUUUUACGCGCCGGUGCUUUUCCUUCUCUGAAUGAAGCUGGAAGCGUGAAGCGUCUCUGAGCGUGGAGGUGCUGCGGAGGCGUAGUGCUUUCUCGCUGAGCCCCUCGUACAAAUGAUGGCAACCCACUUCUUCUGUCUUGUGGUUGUCAUGUGUUCGCAAUUAACAUCAUAAUCUUGUUGCUCAGCAAUCAGUUGCUGCUUAAGAAGCAGGAAAGGGCUCUCCAUUUCACGUUAAAGCAUCAUCGUUCUUCUCAAAAAGAUAUGGACAAGAAAACAGAUGAAGAGCACCCUUUGACUGCGUGCAACCAGUACCCCAAAGAAGCGGUGAGGAAACGUCAGAAUUCGGGUCGAGGUUCCAGGGGCAGUGAUUCUUCCAGGACCUCCAGGAAGAGCUUCAGGCUGGACUACAGAUUAGAAGAAGAUGUAACUAAAUCAAAGAGAGGCAAAGAUGGGAAAUUUGUCAACCCGUGGCCAACAUGGAAAUCGCCAACCUUGCCAAAUAUUUUGAAAUGGUCCCUCAUGGAAAAAAAUAACAGCAAUGUGCCAGGCUCAAAACAGGAACUUGAUAAAGAGCUUCCAGUGUUGAAACCUUACUUUGUUCAAAACCCGGAACUUGCUGGAAAGACUGGAACUGGUAUGCGAGUCACGUGGUUGGGACAUGCCUCAGUUAUGGUGGAAAUGGAUGAACUUGUAUUUCUUACUGACCCAAUCUUCAGCCAGCGGGCUUCCCCUACGCAGCUGAUGGGUCCCAAGCGCUUCCGGGGACCCCCGUGCACAGUAGACCAGCUCCCCAAAAUAGAUGCAGUCAUGAUCAGCCACACUCAUUAUGAUCAUUUGGACUACAACACUGUAAUGAGUUUAAACGAGCGCUUUGGCAGUGAGCUGCGCUGGUUUGUGCCUCUGGGGCUCUUGGACUGGAUGCAGAGAUGUGGUUGUGAGAAUGUGAUUGAACUGGAUUGGUGGGAAGAGAACUGUGUCCCUGGUCGUGAUGCGGUAACUUUUGUCUUCACCCCUUCUCAACAUUGGUGCAAAAGGACUGCAACAGAUGACAACAAGGUGCUUUGGGGCAGCUGGUCUGUCUUGGGACCUUGGAAUAGAUUUUUCUUUUCAGGAGAUACUGGAUACUGUGUUGCUUUUGAACAGAUAGGUAAAAGGUUUGGACCUUUUGAUCUUGCAGCCAUCCCCAUUGGAGCUUAUGAGCCAAGGUGGUUUAUGAAAUACCAACAUGUGGAUCCUGAAGAAGCAGUAAGAAUCCAUAUUGAUGUUCAAGCAAAGAAGUCUGUAGCAAUUCACUGGGGAACCUUUGCUUUAGCAAAUGAGUAUUACUUGGAUCCUCCAGUUAAACUGAAUGAAGCUCUUGAAAGAUAUGGCUUGAAAAAAGAUGACUUCUUUGUCUUAAACCAUGGAGAAUCACGAGACUUGAGUACAAAUGAUGAUGGGUUUGAAUAAUGAAACGCUGUCAAUUCCUUGUAAGCCUUGUUUGAUUUGAACUAGGAACUGAUACUACACAUGCUAAUUUAAGGUACUUACAAAGUAGAUUUUUGAGCGGAUUGGAUUAUUAGAGUCUAGGUUUGUUGAUUUCAUAACUAAAACUUGCGUACAGACUUCAAGAUAAAUUUUCCUACUUAAAUUGCUUAUAAAUUAUGAGGUGAUCUAAACACUGGUUAAUAUAUAAGGUAUUGCCUAGGAAUAAUUUGCAGUUUCAACUCUUACAUACAUCACCGAUAAAUACUGUUCUUUUUUAACACUUUGAUUUUCAGCUUAUUUAUAACAGCAAUAAUAACCUCAGAACAGGACAUAUUCUUAGAAUUAAUGGCUGACUUGAAUUCCUCAUCUUUAGAAGGUCAUCUCCCACUUGUCGGUCAUUAAUCUUCAAGUUAUGCCCUGUACUUUGAUAGCUUUAGUGUAUGUUUUGCGAGGAGGAGUCUUCCAAUAAAGCACAAGUACAGUAAAAUAAUUAUUUUACUCAGUGCUCCUACGUUUUCAUUUAUUGAGGAACCACGAAAGCUGACUUUUGAAAUCAUCUAAAGAAAUGUGCCUUUUAGAGAGAGAGAUUACUUCAUGUUGCAUCAGUAAUGCAUAAAACUUACUGCUGGCCAGAGCAUCUGCACACUUUCGCUGUUUUGUCAGUGUUUUUAAGUUAGGCCUGAAUGUGUUCAAAAAAACUUUCUUGUCAAAUGCAGUUCAUGAAAUGGAAAAACCCCUUAAUGGCGCUCAUCUCUGUGUUGACUCAGCCUAUUUUUAAGUACUUUUUUUUUUUUUAAAGUGAAAAGUCUUAAGCAAGGGCUGUGGUAGUUUUUUUUUAAUAGCUUCCUUGUGAUUUUACAAAGUUGAAAGAGAUUAAAAAAUUGUUCAGUAUUGUAAGACUUGGCUAAAUGUAUCUGUAUCAAAUUGCCAUACUAAUUUACAAAAUUAAAGCCUGUUGCUGCCAGAAAGGGUGGUAGUUCUCCUUCGUAAUUCACUUGAAAAUAAAUAAUUUUAAGUUUU